AUGAUUAUAAAUUGUGAUAAUAAAACCAUGGUUGAUGUAAAAGGAAUAAAGCUACUAGAAAUUUAGUUUAAUUUCUUCUUUUUUCAACAUUACAAAAUAGAUCCUGCUCAAUUAUUUAAGAAGGUUUCAGAAUAACUACCUAAUUAAUCAUUAUAUAGAAUGGUAAUUAUUAAUUGUAAUCAUUCAAAAAAUAAAUCUAAUAAUAUUAGAAGUACCAUCUAUUCAGCUUAGAAGUUGAUCAAACAUUUUUACCAAUCAACCUAAAUUUUUAGUUAUAUAAGAUCAUGA